CGCUGGUUAGGUCCUAACGGAGCCGCCCGGACCGGUAAUAAUUUCUACCUUUGCCUUUGCCUGCCUGAAGUUCGUCCGACUGUCGUCGACUUCGAAAGCUUCUCUCAUUGCUUUCAUUCCCACACCCUUCAUGUCCGAGGUGCCUAAACGCGGCCAUGGGCGCCCAAGGGGCACAAAGAAUAAGCCCGGCACGACGGGCGUUGGACGUCCCAGAAAGGAUGGGCGUGCACCUCAACCGAGACAGCGCCAUGAUACUGAAGAUGCAAACGACACGGCAACUAGCCACGGAGUGUCCGUGACCAGCACCAGCACCAGCACCAGUCGCCGUGACAAUCCCAACCCCAGCUCGAACACUCCCUCUGCACCAUCACAUCUGAGUCAACGAAAUUGACAACGGCAUUUGGCAAGCUCGCUAUUGUCCCAAACUGCAGUAAUAGUAGCCACUCCGAAGCUGUAG